UGGCGUUGAUUGGGAUUGAGAAAUGACCCGGAUUUGGGGGAGGAACGUGGAGGUCAAAGGACAGAGAACAACAUUUGCUGACACUUUUUAAAAAACAGUUGCAUCGAGUUUGGGUUAUUUUUAGUGACUGGGACAAACGUGAGGGGAGAUGGAUCGAGAAAGAGGGACUUACUGGAGAGAGCAGUCAGCUCAAAAUAUUUUCCUCAACUUGAUUUCACUUUCGUUUUCCCCGCUUGGAGACUUCGUUCAGAAAGUUCAGAAACACUUGCUGGCCAUUUCAGGGAGAUUUUAGCAUGAAACGACACCAAGUUAAGAGCAUUGCCUUGGAGAGUAUGUGCGUAGGAAUUGACAAUGGAAAUGUUGACAGAAGUGAGAUGAACAAUGUUUUUGGACAACAAUGCAUGCAAUGCAAGGGUCCGGAACCCAGAAACAAUGCCGCAAAGCCCAAAGAAAAUUCAGGUCCUGAAUGUUCCUGGAAAUGUUCCUGUGCAACGUUUGUUGCAUAAACUGACCAUUUAUUUCCAGAAGUCAAGCAAUGGAGGGGGUGAAGUGUUGGAUGUGGAAUAUCCGACCAGUGUUAAAGACUGCGCUUACGUCAUUUUUGAGAAGGAGGAAGAUGCAAACAAUGUCCUUAAAGGAGAACACAUAUUUCAACUGGACAAUAAGAAGUAUAAACUGGAAGUACGGGAAGUUGAAGAAGUCCUCAACGAUGAUGAUAAUGAACAGGUGAUGCUGUUUGUGACAACAAAACUGGACACAAGCUGUUUUCCUGAAGGGAAGGCUCGUCAAUUAAUCUGUCGGCAUAAUUUUCAAGUUAUACAUUCCCAAGGCUUCAUUGUGGAGAUCGAAGGCUCUUUCCCUUCUUUAGUGAAACUUCGAAGAGAUCUUAUGGGCUUUAUUAUACAUCAACCAACACACGCAGUCUCCAACCAAAGUUAUUCAGCCAAUAAAAAGAGGUGUGAAAGAAAUGAGGAAUCUUUACAAUCUGGAGCUUUCAGAAUGCACAGGCUACCAAGUGCCCCUGAUAGUGGCUCUGAUUCAUCAGCCUCCAGUGAAGAAGAUAAUAGUGCCAGCCAGCAUGCCUCAAAUAUCCACUCAAGAUCCUCUGAGCCAGAAUUCCAUGCUGAUAAAAGCAAUAGUUCCCCACUGCCUUUGGUUGCUUCUUCAUCUUCUCUGCAGGUUGUCAAUUCCAAUAACAAAGAAGACACAGUUUCAUAUAUCAAUGGGGGCGUUCGUGACCCUCAGGCAGCAGUGAAGUAUAUGAGCACUUCUGCUGUGGAAAAAGGUUCCAUUUCUAAAAUGGAUAAUAGUAGCCUGAAUGCAUUUUCAUCUCAUGCUUCAAACAGUUCCUCUACACCUCCUUGUAUAAGCUUUAUGGUUGAUAAAUGGGCAUUCAAAUACCUGCAGACUAUUGAUGGCAAUUGCCUUCGACAACUUCUUACGAAAUAUUCCACAGGCAUUAACAUAGUUUAUGUUGAUGAGCUGUGUGAGAUAUUCUUAUCCCCAAACAAGACAGAGGACAACUCCCAUAGAAAUCUAUUUGAAGCCAAGUCAGCAAUUUGUGCACAAAUCCAGAAGAUACAACAGGAGCUAAGGAUUCAUCAUGUAGAUUUGACUGCAGAGUAUUUGGACAAGAAGGAGGAGAUACUGCGUAAGUGCAAGUGUGUUGAUUCCAUUUCAUUGGGAGUUCUAUUGGAAAUACAUGGUCAAACUGUAAGUGUGGUGGGACCAUCCGUUAAGAGUUAUAACAUUCAGCAAUAUAUUUUGGGGAAAGGUUUUUUGCCCUAAACGGGGCCAUUGUCGGUGAGGGAGAAGUUUGAACAGGUCAGGAGGACACACUAAAUGCAAAUCUUCAUUUUCUCCAACUUACAAGGAAGAUCUAUUGAAUGGUUCCAACUCAAACUCUCAGCAAUCAAAAUUACCAAUCAAACCAAGGCCACAAACCAGUGAUCAGGUGAAGAUCCUUUCAGGAAAGCCAAGUCCGGUUAAUACCUGUCAAGAGCAACGGUCUUCAUCAGAGACUAGGAAGACAGAGUCUCCAAAAUACUUUGCACAAGAUUCACAAACAAAAACAAUUGGGCAUUUUGAGACUCGAAGACCAAAGAACUCAGAAUGCCCAGCAGCCUGUCGAAAGCUGACCCCAAAUUCCGGACCCCAUUUCUACAGAGGUAACGGGAGGAAAAACAUGAUUAAAUAUCCACUGUCCCACAGGUUUAUCCUUGGUGGUUCAUUUGCCCCUUGGCAAAGGAAUUUCAAAUUGGGACACAAAAGCAGAAAAUGAAAAUUGUGAAGUGUCAAUUAUUUUCUCUUGAGGGAGGGAUAUGCGUUCCUUCGUAUUGGCUACACCUUAUAAGUGCUUUAUUGUCUGCAAAGAACUUUGGAUCUCUUGAGGUUGUCACAUUAUAUAUAAAUGCAAGAUUUUUCACUUUUUCUUGAUAAAGUAGCUUUUACCUUUGCUGACCCUGCAACGUGCUCUGAGGUCAGCGCUGUAGGGUGGAACUGCAAAAAUAAUGAUGAGGCUAUAUUUUCCCCAACUCCUAAUCAUUAAAAUAUUUAAUUGUCACAUUUAAAAUCUCCUGAAUCAGUUUGGAAAGACAGUGGUGUGGUUGUAAUGUGACUGGGCUGGUAAUCCAGACCCCCAGAUUAAUACUCUGGGGAUAUGGGUUUGAAUCCCACCAGGGCAAAUGGUGAAAUUUAAACUCAUUUCUAAAAAUGUCUGAAAUUAAAAGUUAGCCUAAUGAUGACCGUGAAACCUUUGAUUGUUGGCAAAACUCGUCUGGUUCACUAAUGACCUUUUUGGGAAUGAAAUCUGUCAUCUUUACCUGAUCUGGCUAUAAAUGUGACUCCAAACCAUCAGUAAUGUGCUGGACUCUUAACUGCAUUCUGAAAAUGGCCCUAGCAAGCCACUCUGAUCAGUGUCCAAUACUGGCCCAAUAACAUCCCAUGAAGAAAUAAAAGACUUGCUUUCAACUGGUUUGUUCCCUAUGGCACUUUAUCUUGCAGCAGUGGCUCAACUGGGCUGCUGCAGUGCAAUGGUUCAAUCAAUUAACAGAGAGUACAUGAGUUCAAAUCUCACUACAGCAGCUUUAGAUUUUAAAUUUCGAUGUUUAAAUAUAAAUGCUUUCAGGCUUUGGUUUUCAUAGAGUGGCCAUGACACAGCCAUGUUAUGAUAAAAACUCAACUGCAAGAAUUAAUUCACUGAUGACCUGAAAUGAUGGAAUCCUGCUGACCCACCUGGUCCUGCCGAGAGGUGCCUUGUGGAAAUGAAUCAGGAGUGUUGGGGCACAGUGGCCUAUCUCUAGGCCAGAAAGUCCAGGUUCAACCACCUUCAACCCCCACCAGAAUUGUGUUCUAUAACCUGUCCAAGCAGAUUGAUUUUUAAAAAAACAUAAAAACUAUUUGUGACUCGUGACUCAGCUCCCAAUGUGUUUCGCUCUUAAUUAGUAUCUGAAUCCAUUCAGUUGAACUUGAAAUUCAUUCAUAGUAGGUAGGCAUUGCUGCUAUAACCUGCAUUUAUUACCUGUCCCAAAUUGCCCUUGAGAAAGUGUGGCUUCUCAUUGAAUUGCUGCAAACCACAUAUUGAAGGUACUGCCAUAGUUCUGUUAGCUUAGGAGUUCCAGGGCUCUGACCCAGCUAACGAGUAGUGAAUACUAGAAAAUGUACAAUGGUGUGAGAGUUGGAGGGUAAGUUAAUGAUGUGAUGGUGUUCGUAUGUAUGUGCUGCCCUUCCCCUUCUAGGUGAUCAUUGGGAGGUGUCAAGCUUUGGUGAGUUGCCAUGGUGCAUCUUGUGGAUGGUACACACUGAUGUCAAGAGCAGUCACUCUCACCUCACCUUUUUAAUCCAUGUUUGGGCCAAGGAUUUAAUUAGAUCUGGAGUUGAAGUGGUCCCGGCAUGACCCAGUUUGGUCACUAGUGAGCAAGUUAUUGUUGAGUAAGUGCUGUUGAUAGUGCUGUCAAUGAUAGCUGACCUUACUUUGCUGAUGCUCGAAUUGUAGCUGAUGGACAGGUAAUGAUUGGAAUAAAUUUUCCUUUUUUUUUGGGAUCCAACAUAGUCAGGAAUUGUCCACAAUGUUGGUACCAAUGUUGUAGGUGUACUGGGACGUCCUGAUAAGAUUCAUGGCUAAUUCUGGAGCACAGGUCUUCAGCGCGUAGAGUUUUAUGGGGCUGAUAGCCUUAACUGUGUCCUCAGCUAUUUUUAGAUGCCAUAUAGGUUUGAAAUAAUUGGCUGAACAUUGGCAUUUUGAUGGUGGGGAACCAGAGAGGAGGACAAGCUGAAUCAUUAACUAUACACUUCUGGCUGAAGGUGAUCUUAAGAAUUCUCCACUCCAAACAGCUGUAGAUGCUUAGCUUUGAACAUACUCCACAAUCAGGAUCAAUUCAUAUUUAGAUUCUAGGGAGAUCAAAGGUUUUGGUAGUCAGGGGAGAAGUGAAGUUACAAUAUCAGCCAUCGUCUUAUUACAAGUCGGUGUAUGUUUUAAGGAUUGUAUGAACUACUGUUGUACCUAUAUCCAAUCAAUAAAUACAUCAUACAAA